AUGAAGCAAAGAGCUAAUCGUCGUCGUUCGAGUGUCCGACCUUCUCUUGUCGCUGAUGUGACUGUCUCUCCUCCUCCGGAGGUGGUUGUCCCUUCUUCUGUGGAUGCAUCUGAGCCAUCUGCAGUCGCCACAUCGCCUGAUCGGGUUGUGUCCCCUGCUCUUGAUCCUAGUUUGGCUAUGGCCAUCGUUCCGGUUCCGCCUACCGUCGCGAAGAUGUCUCCAUAUCCUCCGUCGAUGUCCCUUCCCGAGAUGGUGACUGCGUCUGCUCCUCCAGUCAGUCCUACAGUUGGUGUGGUCAAUGCCCAUCCACCUUGUUCAGUUGGUAAGUCUUCUCCACCUGUCUCUGUAUCUUCUCCUAAACGUGUUACUUGGUCUUCUAUAGUGUCUGUGUCUCCCCUUGGUGAGUCCUCUCCAUUGCCGAACCCAAACCCACCAUCUGCUUCUCCUCCCAAGUGGCCUUCUCUAUCUAAGCAGUCCUCACCAAAUACUCCCAAGACACGGUCUACCUUCAAGACCAAACCCAAACCCCAUGUUCCUGUGCAGUCCAAAGGAAAGGGUAAAGUGCCUGUUUCAUCACCUCCCAGAAAAUCCUCGGCUCCAAAACGUAAGCCCAAGGACACUCAGUUUGAACCCUCUCCUAAAAAAUCCAAGCAUGCCUUUAACCCUAAGGAUUCUGUGUCUAUCGUUGACCCAUCCUCUAUCCAAUACUUUGUUGAUGCUACCAAGGCCUCACAUUAUCAAAGAUGGUUUGUUGUUAAUACCGUGUCCAAAUUGGUGUCUCUUCAUCCCAUUCUCAUUAGGGAGUUUUAUGCUAAUUUAGAUAGGUCUGUUUUAGAUGGGAAAAAUGAGGAUUGUCUUACUGCUUUUGUAAGGGGUAGUCGUAUAAAAUUUGCACCAUCCACUAUUGCUCGUGCUCUCAAGGUUCCAAAAGUACUUAAACCUGCCUAUAAUAAAUCCUUCAGUCCAGAUCAAUCUACCAUGGGACAAGUUCUAACUGACCUGCCUGAUUAUGUUUGGGGGAAUCAUGAUAUUCCUAUAACAAAGUUGACUCCUUUCUAUCGGGUUCUUCAUCGAGUGGCCUUGUAUAAUUGGUUUCCCAAUUCCCACCUCUCAUCUGUUACACUUGAGAUUGGGAAGUUUUUAUAUGUUUUGGGUACUGGCAUGUCUAUUGAUAUGUCUACUCUCAUUUAUGAUCGAAUUUUUGAUGUGGCCUCCUCUACUGGUACUCGUAACAAGCUGCCCUAUCCAAGCUUGAUUCAGAAGAUUAUUCAGCCUGCCAAACCGCCGUUGACCACUAAUGACUUCCAGGUUACGAAUCCUAUUUUGUCUAAAAGUUUUCUAGCAACUCUCAACAAGAAGGUUUCUUCCAUUGCUCCUUCUUCUUCGAAGCCGUCUAAGCUCAAAGCUCCUUUGUUUAAAGGUUUGUCUGAUUCUAGUUGA